CCUCGCCCACCCAGCCUGAGCCGGCCAAUCCCGGCAGUCAGCGGGACAGGACGGGGUGGGCCGUGCAGGCUGCUGCCUGUCUCCGCGCGCAGGGACGCCUGAGCGCUCGUCUUCCGGGGUGGGUGCCCGCUGCUCAGCCCAGCCGCUGGUGGGGCAGCGCUCCGCGGGGCGUCGGUCCGGCUUGGUAGUUCACGCGCACCUCUGUGCUUUCGCUGCAUAGUCUUGCAUUGCAGACCACCGGCCUGGGGAAGCGACAACAGAGGCCUCGGCUGCUCAGGUAACGCGGUGGGUCGCACUGGACCUGAUCGUACCGCUGCGGUGCCACCUACACACCCGAACAUCGCAUGAAAUCCGAGCCACGGCUCCAGCAGCGCCGUUCCCUUAGUUCAGUGGAAAGAAGGGAACUGGAUAGAACACAAAUUAUGAAGGUGUUAGUCAUUGGACUUGGAGGUGUGACAAAUGGGGGGAAAACAACACUGGCAAAACGACUUGGGAAACAGCUUCCGAACUGCAGUAUACUCUAUCAAGAUGACUUCUUUAAGCCAGAAUCUGAAAUAGAGAUAGAUGAACAUGGAUUUAAGCAAUAUGAUGUACUUGAUGCCCUUUAUAUGGAGGAAAUGGUGACAAGCAUAUACUCAUGGAUGAAAAACCCAACGGGCUCUUCUGUCUCAACAGCAGAAUCAAAGAGUACACCUCUCAAUCUGAAAAGUACAGAAGAAGUUCACAUUUUAAUAGCUGAAGGUUUUCUUCUGUAUAACUAUGAGCCUCUUAAUGAAGUAUGGGAUAGAAAAUAUUUUCUGACCAUUCCAUAUGAAGAAUGCAAGAGGAGAAGGAGUACCAGAGUUUAUCAACCGGCAGAUCCACCAGGAUACUUCGAUGGACAUGUAUGGCCUAUGUAUCUGAAACAUAAGAGGGAAAUGAAAGAAAAUACAAAUAAUAUUGUUUAUUUGGAUGGAACAAAAUCUGAGGAAGACCUUUUUUCACAUGUGUAUAAUGAUAUAGUACGGGAGCUAGAAACAUGGAAUAAGUGAGCAGGUCACAGCAAAACCAUGUGAGAAGUUGAGAUUCUUUCCAGUAUGGAUUCAGGGUCAAUUUUAUGGUGUCCGGAUGGAUCACUUUGCCAAUCUACUGUAUGUACAUCAGUAACACCAGUUUAUACAAAUCCUCAUUGUACUGUAGUGACUGCUAUUUCUGUUAGAGUUAUAAAUAUUGAUGAACAGACAGUAUAGGUCAUCCAGUAGUCCAGAGCAGUAUUUUUAAAGUGAUAGCCUUGCUCAGAGUGGCAUCUGUAACUCUGUGUCAAACUUUAAACCUGAUUUAAUAUUUAAUCAUGUAAUAUACAGAAUUUGAAAAUUACUUUAAUGUAUGAAAAUAUAGCCCUGGAUAUUUCAUAAAUAUACUUUCAUAAGUAUACACUAUGUGCACAAUUUCAUAUGCAAGUAAAAUAUUUUUGGAAUUUAAAAUCACAAAUGCAUAGUGAUUGCAUAUGAGUAAUAUAGGGAAAAAUAGAAGUAAUAGCUCAUAAAAUAUUAAAUGAGUAUUAAAUGACAUGUGGUUAAAGAGGCAAAAGCCAUUUUGGAAGUAUGUAAAUAGAGGUAUUGCUCUUGAGACCACAGAAUUCUUCCUCUUUCACAUGGUGCUUGUUACACAACACUCCAGAUGUAGUCUAUUGUUUGGGGCAUAUGGAAAGGAUAGUGAUAAUUUGAAGAGCAACUACUAGGCCAUAGAAAGAGUUGUAGGAUAAGAAGAGAGGUUGGUGGUAGUUCAGGUGUGUUAACAGUGAUAGGAUGAAAAACAUGCAGCCUGGAAAAUAAGAGGUUUGGAGUUGUAAAAGAUUCUGGAUGACAAAUGUACAAAAGAUGCUACAAAAAAGGAGAAGGAAAGAAUAAGAUUCUCAUUAAUCAUAAAUGAUUAGAAAUAAAUGAAAAAACAAUGUGAUUAGAGAACAGAAAAAUUAUAUGGUUUAGAUCAACUAAGGCAGUGUUUCCCAAACUUGGGAUGCCGCUUGUUCAGGGGAAGCCCCUGGCCUGGAUUGGCGAACCACGGCCAGUGAGAGCCGUGAUCGGCCAAAUCUGUGGACGCGGAAGGUAAACAAACCAGCCCAGCCCGCCAGGGGCUUUCCCUGAACAAGCGGCGUCCCAAGUUUGGGAAACACUGAGCUAAGGAAUAGUACCAGCUUCUUCUUCAUAUAAAAAUAUAUAAAUACACACAGGGAGGACUUAAAACUAUUUGAAAACAAACUAUCUUUUGAGGAUUGUCUAGAUACCUUAAUUCUACUCAAACUAAAGGUGAAAGCCAUAUAACCUACUACAUCGGGGUAGCCAACCUGUGGCUCCGGAGCCACAUGCAGCUCUUCAGAAGUUAAUAUGCAGCUCCUUAUAUAGGCACCGACUCCGGGGCUGAAGCUAUAAGUGCCAAUUUUCCAAUGUGCCAGGGGGUGCUCACGGCUCAACCCCUGGCUCUGUACAGACCCUGCCCCUAAUCCACCCCUUCCUACCCCCUCCCCUGAGCCUUCCAUGCCCUCGCUCCUCUCUUCUCUCCCCUCCCUCCCCCCAAGACUCCUGCACGCCACGAAACAGCUGAGCGGGAGGCACUGAUCGGUGGGGCUGAUGGUGGGUGGGAGGCGCUGGGAGCUGGGGAGGGGGCUAAUGGGGAGUGGGAGGCUGCUGACGUAUUACUGUGGCUCUUUGGCAAUGUACAUUGGUAAAUUCUGGCUGCUGUUCAGGUUGGCCACCCCGUACUACAGGGUCCUUCUGGCCCUAAAAGUUCUAGUAUUGUUCGCUUUCAGGCAUUUUUGGUAGCACAGAAAUGUGGUUUUUUUGGUUGGGAUAUUUUUAGCCUGAUGACUUAAUAUGGUAGCUAUCUUGACUUUCUGAUCAUGAAUGCAAUAUUAAGACCUUUACAGUAUACAGAAAAUACAUUUGUGGUGAUCUACUAAAACAGAAGCACAGUGUAAGUGUUUGUAGAAAUAUGUUUAAGAUGAAAUACUUUCUAAUGUGAAUUUCUGUAUCUCCGUUUUAUACAAAAAUAAAAUAUACUGUUUUCUGAAAUGGCUUGUGAGAACAAUAAAUGGCUUUAAACAUA